AAGACUUUAAAAUACUCAUUUUUAGACCUUUUUAUGCCUUUUUUUCGUAAAAAAAUGGCACUAACAAAAAGAAUUUGUCUAUUUUAUAGGACCUUUAAAAAAACAGCAUCAAAAUCUAGUGAUUUUUCGAGAUUUAGUCUGACACAGACAAAUGGUAUAAAUGUUAUUUCUAAGGAUACUGGGGGGUAUGGCACCUCUCUAUCGGUUGUUAUUCGUUCAGGAAGUCGUUUUGAACCAGUUUUUGGCCUUUCCCACUUGUUAGAACGAUUUGCAUUUAAGAAUACAAAGUGCAGAUCAUCUUUAAGAAUUAUUAGAGAGACGGAAUUGCUAGGAGGGGACAUUUUUUCCAGGCGUUCUCGUGAAAUAUUGACACUUUCAGCUCAAUUUCUUCGUGAUGAUCUUGCAUAUUUUGUUGAGUUAUUAGCCGAAGUAUUAAUAAAAACGAAAUAUAAUGAAUUUGAGCUUAACGAAACUGUAUUACCCUAUGCUUUAUCUGAAAACAAAAGAUGUUACAAUGAACCAGCAGUAUUUGGGCAGGAUGUUUUGCAUGAGAUAGCAUUUCGUAGAGGACUUGGUCGUUCGAUUUAUACUAAUGAAAGAAACUAUGCAACAGUUGAAAUGAUUGGAGAUUAUGCAAAGAAGUCAUAUGUUAAGAAUAAUCUUGUUGUUCUGGCAACAAAUGCAGAUCAAUCGAAAUUAGAAGAGCUUAUAAGUGAACAUUUUAAUGAUCUUUCUGUUGGAACACUUGCAUCAUCUCCAAAGACAAUUUAUUAUGGAGGCGAAAAUAGAAUAGGUUUUAAAUCUUAUAUGAAUCAUUUUUUAAUUUCAUUUCCUCGACCUGCAGCAUUUAUGCCUUCUUCUGAAGAAUAUAUUUUAUUGAGUUAUUUGCUUGGUACGGGUUCUAGAGUUAAAUGGUCAUAUGAGAAUUCUCCCUUUGGUAUAAUUGAAAAAAAUCUCUCAAAUGGUACCAAAUUGUUAUCAAAUAAUUUUGUAUAUUCCGAUGCUGGACUAUUUUGUAUUCAUAUUUAUGGACCUAUUGAGACACUUCAAGUUGCCGUUAAAUCUUCUAUUGAAGCAUUAAGAUCUUUGGCUGAAAAAAUUGAUAACAAUGAUAUAAAAAGGGCUAUUUCUCAGGCAAAAUAUUCUUUGUUUGACGUGGAUACUGAUCCGAUAAAAAUACAUGAAGAAUUAGGAUCGUAUUAUCUUAGUUCUGGUUCCCUUCUUGAUCAAGAGUCUAUUGCUUCUCGUAUUGAGAAAAUUACAGCUACUGAAAUUAAAUCAACUAUAUCUAAAAUGUUUGAAACAAAGCCAAGUGUUGUUGUAGUUGGAGAUACAAAUGUGUUGCCAUAUUAUGAUGAGUUAUAA